GCAAGUUUGAAUUCGCUAGUUCUCGCUUCUCCCUCCCAGAGUCGCGAGUUUCUCGAGAGGGGACCAGCGGAAUGUUCCACCUCGUCUAGCAUGCCCGUCGCGUUGCCCUCAGCAGCUUCCUAGACUUUCUUGAGUUGGAUGCGCCACAGAAUUCUUUCUCGCUUCUUUGCAGUCUUUGUCUCUGUCUCUCUGCCCUGUCAGCUAGCUUCCGGUUUGUAGCUGUGUAGACCCCAGGGAUUGUGAGGAGCAUGAUGCCAGUGGAGGUUCCGCGGUGGUGUAAGUCUUGAAAGUACGAGUCAUUUUGAGAUCGCGACAGGAUUCGUUCUUCGUUCUUGCUCUGGCGGUAGAGAAGAUGCUUCGUCGUGGACGCGAGAUUUCGGAGGCGCAGGAAUGCGGAUUUGUGGUUCAAGCAGCUCGCAGCUUCACUGAGUAUGUUUCGGCCGGUGCCCGCUUCGUGCUACGUUUUGAGGGUAUCGAAAUUGCAAAAAGUCGCUGCGGUGAUGCACAUGUCAUGGUCGAGGAACUGAGUGAGGAAUGUCACUGAGUGGCCCUUCAGACCAUCUCAUGAGGGCUGGCUUUGAAGUGGACUGAGCGUGUUUUUGACCACUCAAAUAGUGGCGCAUACAGAGCUCUCUGUACAAUCUCCAAGUAUUCGGACUCAUUGAGUAGAAAUGAAUGGACGAAGUUUCUUGUGAGUUUAUCAAAUUGAGCUUCCCCAAUCCUGCCAGAAGCCAAUGCGCGCAAGCAAAACUAGCCAGAAGACCGAGGAAUUUUGGAACAAGCACGUCAAAAUAUCUUGCUCUUGAACUGGUCCCAUUGCGACGAAGAGGAAUUGACAUUGUGGUUAAUCAAAAGAGCCUCUCCAAUGGGUGACUUAGCCUUGAGUAAUAUGGCUGCCGCCUAUUGCGGUCAGCUUAAAAGUUUUAUCACGUGCCUUCACACGAACACUACGCAGCUCCGCGCUUCGGCAGCCCAAAAGCCUCCUGCAUACGCCGACCUGUCAUCAUUUUUGCUGGACUUCGGCGACCGAGCAGCAGAAGAUGCUGCUGAACUGGAAGUGCUUGAGGAGAUGACAGUGGAGAAUGUUAGUUUUCAAGAACUACUUGCCAACUGCAUGGAAUUGUACAAACAAAAUGAGACGAGCAUCGAAGAACUGGAACCUCAACUUGAGCAAUACGGAUAUGUUAGAGAAGGAGAAUCUGAAAAGGCCACAGAGGAGAAAGAAAUGAUGGAAAUGACAUUUGUGGAGGAUUUGAAGCAACGUGUUCGAUCUAAAGACCCUCCACGGGAAAGUAGUGAAAAGGGGUCAGUGGAGAGCAGGGAGGAGAUGGCUGCAAUGCAAUUUUCAGACCUUUUGAAUUCCUCCUCGUCUUCCGGCCGUGCUCAGUCACAAACAGAAAGUUACAGACAUUCAGUUUCUGUGGGCUCUGUGCAAUCACUUACUGGAGCAACGAAUUCACCUCUGCCGCCUGCUGUUAUCUCUACUAAAUUGGAUAUGGACGAUAUGUCAAUGCUGGGAGAAUCGUUCUCUUUGGAGGACUUCGGAUUAUCUGCUUCAACUCUCGCGUCUCUUGCUCGACUUGAUCCAUCGACUCCUGAUAGGUACAAUUCUCCUGCGGAUAAGAAGCAGCAUAAAUCUUCAGAUGUAGGAUCUGGAACUGCUAUCGAAAGCAUUUACAAGGCUUAUAGUCCAUCAUCAACAUUCACGCCAUCACCCAAAUUCACGCCAUCUCCUGGGUUUUUAUCAAGGAAUAAUAUGCCUUUCUUGGGCCUUGUAUCAGACGAAGAAUACGCUCAAGUAUUUCCCUGGCUUCAGAAACGGGUUUCAUUAAAGGAGCUUAAUGAAGCAAUUGUGAAGAUCAACGAAUGCAUGCUGAUCAAGCAAGCGGGAAUGUUGCAAUGUGAUUCCAAACAUGCUAAAGUACUGGAGGUGGACGACACUGUGCUCCUUAAAUUAGGAUCCAACAUGAAAGCCUGCCUCUUGUUCCUGGUUCAGAUAGACAGGCUCGUCAUGGCUUCGUCCAAUGGGCGCACAACGUAUCGACCCUCUGAGCUUGAGAAGUUUCGUUAAAUUAUUUUUUUAAGGUGGCAUUGUGAUGAAGUCUUUUGUAAGUAGUACUUUGUGAGCGUCAGCAAGAAACUUUGAGAGGUAGUCGGGCUGCAUGUCACCAUGUUGUUUCCAAACCUCGACGCCUGCAUCACGAGAAAGUUUUGUUUACCGAGGUCAUAAUAUUUCAUUGAAGGUUGUACUGUUCUCACCUACCCUAUAAUACAUGUGGCAUACUUGACAAGUGUGAUCUUCACUUCACCAACAGUCAAAAACUUACUUCAGUUGACGUUUCAAAGGCUUCACGGAGCCAAUGGAGGAACUACUGUGAUCUUAAUAUAGUAUGAACUUACACGAGUUGUAAAGAGCUACAUCAUCAUCAUGUUGCCAUUUGAGAAUUUCGAAAAACAAGAAACG